AUUCCCAACUACGAUCAAUUACCUGUCCAUCCUAAAUAUCCAAAAGGUACAGCUUGGGGUGUUUGGGGUGAAGAUGACAACAUUGGCACAUUAAAUCUGUUGACUCCUGAACGAGUCAUGAAUGCAUCCAAAUGUAUAAAGACAGGAAAGCGAUUUCCACUAAACUGGGGGCUUGAACAUCCUGUUGUGCCUCUUUUUGGUCGCGAAACACUUGUUCAUCGUCUGGUCGAAUUACACGACGGAGCUCAUUUUGAUGACUGUUAUGAUGGCUUUAACACACAAACCACAUCACAAUGGGAUGGCCUUCGUCAUUUUUCAUAUAUUCCAGCUCAAUUGUUCUAUAAUGGCGUUAGUGCAGACAAUAUCAGACUGAACCAGCCUGCUUCAAAUGAUCGGUUAGGAAUCAACCAUGUGGCUGAAAAAGGGAUUGUGGGUCGCGCUGUUUUAUUGGACUAUGGUCGUUGGGCCGAGAUUCACCAUCCUACAUUUGAUCCUUUUCAACGGUAUGAAAUCACCAUGCAAGAAUUGGAACAAGUAGCGGCUUAUCAGCAGGUAGAAUUUCAGAUAGCAGAUAUUUUAUUGAUUCGAACGGGCUGGACAGCUCGAUAUGAAAAGGGAGGGCCUGAUGUUGAAGCUUUAGCCGGGAAAGACUGGCCUCAAUGUGCAGGCAUUAAAGCAGGUGAAGAAACCUACCGGUGGUUUUGGGACCAUCAUUUCUCUGCUGUGGCUACCGAUGCCAUUCCUGUUGAAGCCUUACCUUUUGAUUUGAAAAAUUGUUGUCGU